CACUCACAAGCGCUUCUUUGUAAAGGAGUGCGAUAGGCCUACUGGAGGAGGAGAAAGCGAAACAGGCGACAACCGGAAACAAUGGCAGCCUCUCUUCAAGCCGCGGCAACUCUGAUGCAGCCGACCAAGGUCGGCGUGUCGUCUAGGAGUGGACAGCAGUUGAGAUCCUCUCAGAGUGUUUGCAAGGCUUUCGGCUUCGAAACAUCCGGAGCCAGGCUCACCUGCUCUCUUCAGAGCGAUCUCAAAGACUUCGCUCAGAAAUGCGUCGAUGCCUCCAAGAUCGCCGGCUUCGCACUUGCAACCUCUGCUCUUGUCGUAUCGGGAGCAAAUGCCGAAGGAGUCCCUAAACGGCUAACCUACGACGAGAUUCAGAGCAAGACAUACAUGGAGGUGAAGGGAACCGGAACCGCAAACCAGUGCCCAACCAUUGAGGGCGGCAUCGACUCUUUCGGCUUCAAGUCCGGCAAAUACAACAUGAAGAAGUUCUGCUUGGAACCCACGUCGUUCACCGUCAAGGCGGAGGGUGUCAGCAAGAACUCCCCUCCCGAGUUUCAGAAGACGAAGCUCAUGACCCGUCUAACCUACACACUGGACGAGAUCGAGGGACCCUUCGAAGUGUCCACUGACGGAACCGUUAAAUUCGAGGAGAAAGACGGAAUCGACUACGCUGCCGUUACGGUUCAGCUCCCAGGAGGCGAGCGUGUGCCUUUCCUCUUCACCAUCAAGCAGCUCGUAGCGUCCGGCAAGCCUGAGAAUUUUGGAGGGCAAUUCCUUGUGCCAUCUUACAGGGGUUCGUCUUUCCUAGACCCCAAGGGAAGAGGUGGUUCGACGGGUUACGACAACGCCGUUGCAUUGCCGGCCGGUGGAAGAGGGGACGAGGAGGAACUAACCAAGGAAAACAUUAAGGAUCCUUCAUCCUCCACUGGAACCAUAAGCCUUAGCGUGACCAAGAGCAAACCGGAGAGCGGUGAGGUGAUCGGGGUAUUCGAGAGCAUUCAGCCAUCUGAUACUGAUUUGGGAGCAAAGACUCCUAAAGACGUGAAGAUCCAAGGGAUCUGGUAUGCCAAGCUUGAGUCGUAGAUUUUUUUCCUUGUAUAUUUUAUCUUCGUUCCGGAUUUUAAAUGGGUACGUUAUGCAGACAGAUUAUGUCCCUUUUUCAUUUUUUUUCCUGGACUGUAAAAUUAAAAUUACAUGUAUUAAUCUGGUAAUCUCUAAAGUCUAAAAGACUAUAAAUUAAUCGUGUGUAUGGUCCA